GGGUCGCACCAUGUGAGCCUCCCCCUCCUCGUAUGAAGACGCGCAUUCAUUGGCGGAGGAGGAGGAGAACGAAAGGGGUUGGGAGAAGAAAUAGGAGGAGGAGAAGAGGAGGAGGAGGUAACCCCUAAUUUACCGUCCGAGACGCCUCAUGUGACCAACUGUGACAGUAGUUUUACCGCUACCCGGGGUGGAGGAUCUGCUUCUUCCCCCCAGCGCUCCUCCACCAUUUGACGUCUUGUUGCAUGCAUGCUAGAACGGAGGAAGCAGGUACUCUUUCUCUUCUUGUGCGUCCGGUGCCCUCGGGUUACUUUUCUCGGGUUUCAGCGUCAUGGGCUGGAGGGGAGCAAGAACACGCUCCUCUUAUCAUCCCAUCCAUUCCAGCAAUUAGGAUUGGGGUUGAAGCAAGAGACUGUGAGGACAGGAGAUAAGGUGAUGACCUGGAUAGUGCCAUGUGAAUGACUGAAGACCAUGAAGCCUACACACAAGCUGCUGUUCGUCCUGUGCCCCAUGCUGGUACUAGGCUUUAUUUACUACUCAUCGGGAAAGUUACAUCUGAACGUAUGGGGCCAGAAGCCACAGCUGGAAACGGAUAGCUCCGAGGGACGAAUAGUAGGCUCAGUGUAUGACAAGCAGGGCUUUUUGCUGCAGUUAGACACAAAAUUGCCACCAGAGUUGGCGUACAAGUACGGCAAUCUCAGUGAAGGCGUGUGCAAGCCAGGAUAUGCAGCAGCCAAGAUGACAAGCAUCUAUCCAAGGUUCACAAAAGCGGCGCCCAUGUUUCUAGACCAAAACUUCAAACGUCUCACAAAAGUCAGCAAUUACUUGCCUCCCUUUGGAUUCAAAACGCAAGAGAGAAUCAUAGACAGCAUUUUGACAACCACCAAAAACUUUGGACUAGGAGAUGAGCUGGACAGUCUAAGCUGUAAAAAAUGCAUCAUAGUUGGCAACGGAGGUAUCCUGUCUAACAAAUCUCUGGGAUCACGUAUAGAUGACUACGAUGUUGUAGUCAGAUUGAACGAAGCUCCGGUGGCCGGUUACGGCAAGGAUGUAGGGACCAAAACAACAAUGAGAAUUACCUACCCAGAGGGAGCUAUUCAAAAGCCGGAACACUACGAAAAGGAUUCCCUUUUUGUUUUUUCUGCUUUCAAACCACUGGACUUCAAGUGGCUUCGACAGAUAGUCUUCAAGGAGAGACUGCGAGGUACAGAAGGUUUUUGGAAGUCUGUGGCCCAGCACGUCCCUCGUGAUCCCAGCGAGAUCAGAAUCCUCAACCCUUAUUUCAUCCAGGAGGCUGCCUUCCAGUUCAUCGGCCUGCCCUUUAACAAUGGCAUAAUGGGAAAAGGGAACAUUCCAACUUUAGGCACGGUUGCCAUAACUAUGGCGCUGCAUAACUGUGACGAGGUGGCGGUGGCCGGUUUCGGCUAUGACAUGAACGCGCCCCACGCGCCCCUUCACUAUUACGAGGCUGUCAAGAUGUCUGCUAUCAAAGAGUCGUGGACACACAACAUAUCCAAGGAGAAAGAAUUCCUGCGCAAGUUAGUGAAGGCCAAUGUUGUCUCGGACCUCACCAGUGGCAUCUGAGCAUAGUGGCCUCUAGUCUCCUUCCCUUUGGACUACUGCACAGGAAGCCAGGGAAAGAGCAAACCCACCCUGGAGUGUCCAGGUGGCCUCCACACGAUAUUCGAUUUCAUAUCAACGGAGAUUACUUUCAGAAAGAAGUUAAGCGGUGACGUGCGCACACGCGUGCCUUCCGAACCAAAGACGUCGACAGAUUGAAGCACGUGGAGGGGCGGGGACGACUGAUUGCACCCACUUCCUGUUUACCGAUUUAAUCUCCGGUAUCACACCAAUGACGCGACCGGCGGAAGGCGGGACAAAAGCGGAGACGGUGCAGGGACGGGCCGAGUAUUAGCAGUGCCAAAAGUACCUCGAACAGGAGAGAGGUGGCGCUACUCUCCUCCUUGCUGCCUGAAUGUAUUCACUUUUCUCAGUGUAAAUAGCAAAAGAUUUUUACUUUAGUGGUAUGCAAAAGUUUGGGCACCCCUGAUCAUUUUUAUGAUUUUCCUUUAUAAAUCAUUGGUUGAUCGGAUCAGCAAUUUCAGUUACAGAAAGUGUCCAAUCAUUACUUGAACAAAAGUAGGCAGGUGCAUAACUUUGGGCACCCCAACAGAAAAAUCCAGCUUUUGCAGAAAUAACAACCUCUAAACGCUUCUUAUAGCUUCCAAUGGAAGUCUGGAUUCUGGUUGAAGGUGUUUCUUUACAAAACACCUCCAGUUAUCGGUAUUUAAGGUGGCCAGUUUCAAGUUGUUCUCCUCUUUGCAUCUUCUCUGAAGAAUGGCAACAUGGGAGCCUCAAAACAACUGACAAAUGACCUGAAAACAAAGACUGUUCAACGUUAUAGUUUAGGAGACGGUUACAAAAAGCUAGCUUGGAGAUUUCAGCUGUCAGUUUGAAGCUAAAAUUUAGUUAUUUGGACAUAACAAGGGGGCGGUAUGUAUGGAGGAAGAAGAACACAGCAUUCCAUGACGAACACUUGCUACUCACAGUCAAAUUUGGUGGUGGUCACAUCAUGCUGUGGAACUGUGUGGCCAGUGCAGGUACUAGCAAUCUUGUUAAAGUUGAAGGUCCGUGCUGGAGCCUAUCCCAACUGUCAUCGGGCAGUAGGCGGGGGACAGCCUGAACUGGUUGCCAGCCAAUCACAGGGCACACAGAGACGAACAACAAUCCGCACUCACACUCACACCUAGGGGCAAUUUGGAGUGCGUAAUCGGCCUACCAAGCAUGUUUCUGGGACGUGGGAGGAAACUGGAGUGCCCGGAGAAAACCCACGCGGACACGGGGAGAACAUGCAAAGUCCACACAGGGAGGGAAUCAAACCCGGACCCUCCUAACUGUGAGGCGGACGUGCUAACCAGUGCAACACCGAGCCGCCUGUAACGAUUGCACACUUUCUGAAUAUCCUAUAAACUUCAUUUCACUUCUCAAAUAUCACCGUGUUUGUCUGCUAUAUGAUAUAUUGAACUGAAAUUGCUGAUCCCAACAACCAAUGAUUUAUAAAGGAAAAUCAUGAAAAUAAUCAGGGGUGCCCAAACUUUUGCAUACGACUGUAUAUCGAGCAGCAUCGUCACUCUCCUUGCCUCCUUCUGUCCAUUUUCACGCAAGCAGAUAUGUCGGCAUCUAAAGCCCCUUAAAUUCUCAGCAGAAGUCAUUGUCUUUAUUUGACAUCCUGUGGUGAUGAAGAUUUAGGUUUUAUGCGGUAUUUUUGUUGUCUAUUCCAAUCCUUGUUUUGUUCAUUUUCAUAUGGUUCUCUAAUGUGUUGUUUGCCAACCUUAAUCGCACUAAAGCAUGUCUUUAAAAAGUCAUUUCAUAGCACGACACCAUGUUUUUUUUAAUUUACUGUUUAAGACCUCCUUUGUCAGUUGAGUUAUUUUCCGAGUCAAUACAAGCUAGAAAUCAGUUUUUUAAUGACUGCUGUUACAACAAUUACAUAAAAAGAAAAAUCGCUUUUGAUCGUUAAAGGCCGCUGUGGUUCUCACUAAAAGUCAUUUAUGAGGUAAAAUAUGUUUCUAUUAUUUCGAUAAUCAAUUUCGAACCAAUGGAGUGAAAUUUGAUCAUUUCUAAAGACAGAGUGCAUGGAAAUCACUGCUCGAAAACAAGGAGAGACGAAUUAUUUUUCUUUUGCAAGCUCAAUCAAUCAUCAGCUCGUCAUCCCUGUCAGGUGAACCCCGAUCGGUUUCAUCUGGACAUUUGCCGUGUGUGUGUGCGUGCGUGUGUGUGCGUAUGUGCGCGCAUGCGUGUUUUGGUUGGCGAGUGCGACGGCGGACCAAUACUGUCCGCCUCAUUCGGGUGGGUGGACUGAAUGUUGAAUCGUCUUCCAUCCUACCCGUUGCUGCAGCUCUCACCGUGCUUCACGUUUUGAUUGUGGGGAAAAAUAAGAUAUAUAUCGUUUUCAUUAUUUAUUUAGUUACUGAGACCCAGCGUUCGGAUCACAGGCUGGCCUGCUUUCUUUUCUUGUCGCGUUCUGAGGAAUCCGUUUGACUUGACCAUGUGUACUUCCUUUGAGAUUGCAACAAUUUGUGUCCAGGAAUGAUUUUGUUGUUUGUUUGUUUCAACCUUCUUUCCAAAACUUUGACUCUUUUCAUACUGCUCUGUGUACUAUAUCGAUAUCAAGCAAUCAACAAUCUCAAGGCAGGAAUGUCCAAAUAGCUUUGCUUGCCAACAUACGAAUGACAUAUUGUGUUUUGUUAACCAUGUGCAUUUGAAAGCUUUGUGUGGGUUUUUUUUUUGCUUGUUUUUUUUUCUUUUUCACUCUCAGGUGAACCCUUUUCACCUCUUCUUUAUAUCUGCUUGUCCUCUGGAAGUGCAUACUUACUGUAAAGGCACCUGUGCUCGGAUCCCAUGUUAAUCAGAAAGGAUCGCGGGCGAGACUCUUCGCAGGCGCUCACACUGCCUUACAUUUCAUCUCUUGAAAACGCUGAUCCACUGUAAGCCGUCAGCUGCACGCCAUUUGGGAGAUUUGGGUCCACUCUAGUAAAUCUGUGUAUGCGCAUCUGUCUAUAGAGCCCGUUAGAGAACACUUGAAGACACUGGUUGUCUUUUUUUUUUUUUUUUUUUUUUUUUUAGUCUGCAUAGUCACUUUCCCUCUUGCUACUGUGGAAGAGUCACAGAAAGGGCUCCCAAGUAGCCUUGGAAAUGUUUUGAAUUUUGCCAUUCAGACCAAAAACAUUGGAGGGAAACAAAAAAUGUUGUGAAGGAUUUAAUAUCAUUUUAGGGUUUUCCACAAAAUCCAAACUUUUUUGUUAGUCGUGUAUUUGCUCUCCUGUGGGUACUGAUAGUCACUUUUAUGAACUUGGUUGGUUUGUCUGUUCAAUCAGAUGUGCUUGUUUGGAUGCGUUUCAUUUCAAAGGAGGCAGAUUGUAGAUUUUUAAGACAAGCAGUUCCUAGCUGUAAGACCAUGUAAAAAAAAAAAAAAAAAAAGGUCGAGGUAUACACAAUCUUUUGUCUUGCUGAAUUGUUUUACUGCAGUGCCAAUGGCAAGUACUCUACUAAGUAGUCUACUUUUCAAAAGUCUGAACUGUAUGCUCAGAGAUACAUUUAAAGCAAAGGAACAGGUAAAACAUUGAAUUGGUUAAUUCCAUACCUAAUUGGUGGCCACAAGCAGUUAAAAGGUUACUUUUCUGUAAUGUGUCCCCUUUAAGAAGAGUAACAAUUUUAGUUUACGUUGGCUAUAGAGAAGCUUGAAAGAGGAGUUACUGAAAAAUUAGCAAAUGCGAUCAAUGCACUUGGGGAACAACAAUGGCGAGUCCCAACUAUGACACUUUUUUUUUUUUUUUUUUUUUUGCCUCGUCAAUUUCAGUUGGUCUGGCAGUCCUUUGGACGUCUAACAGAAUUUCAGUUAAAAUGCUGCGCUAUUUUUUUUAUUUUUUUUGCGCCUCCCCACCCAUGCAGGUGUCGUUCAGGCAGACCGGGCCCAAAUCUCCUUGAUGAAGUGGAAUGUAUUCAAUGAAACAUGUUGAUUAUUUUUGACAUUUUUCAGCAUCAUCAAUGGCAAGUGGUCAACAUGAAGGUGUUACUGUCUGUUUAAAUCUAAAUGUAAAUUGCUUUCUGCAACUCAAUAAAAAGGUUUGUAAUGCA